CUUCGACUGUUCUUCGUUCCUCACCAAUUAACUGAAAAUGUUCACCAAAGUUUUGGGCGUGGCGCUCCUGGCCGUCUACGUGCAAGCACAAGGACACUCUCAAGGACACGCCAGUUCGUACAUCACGUAUAGCCAGGGGGGGCACGAGGGCGGCGUAAAUUUGGGGUACUCCGGGUACGCUGUGGCUCCGGUUGAGUACCACCACCAUGAGGAACCACACGCACAUCCCAAGUACGAGUUCAAGUACGGUGUUGAGGAUCACCACACUGGCGAUAUUAAGUCUCAGGAGGAAUCGAGAGACGGAGAUGUGGUGAAAGGGUCGUACUCCGUGCACGAACCUGAUGGUACUAUUUUGACUGUGCAUUAUACUGCGGAUAAGCACAGCGGGUUCAACGCCCAGGUUCAGAGGUCAGGGCAUGCCAGUCAUCCGCAGCACGUGUCUGGGCACCAUUAUUAG